AUGUCGCUGGGUCCUUUCCUGCUCCUUUCUGUCCCUUCAGCAUUUGCAACGUUGCUCAGACAUACCGGCCGCAGCUUGUCGUCGUGGCCGCGACGACAUUACACAGAUACACACGCGCUCACUCACACAAUCUCUCUCUCUCUGAUUUCAGCACACGGGGUCUCGAAGCGCCGAGAGUCGCGCCUUCUGUCAGCGCCACGGGACGUGACACGUUUGAGCGGGGUGAGUCUCACUUGCAGUGUAAAUAUUGCCCAGGGUCUGUCCACCAUGGACUCUCGCGUCCAGCCUCGUCUCGGCAACGACCACAUGUCGCGCCUGCAGCAUCUGGCCGUCGUUCAGCCACGAGCAGCAAAGCAUCAGCAGCAACACCAGAAACGGACCCAGAUCAGCCACCGCCACCAAGAGACGGAGCCCGAGCCCGAGCCCCGGCAGAAUCCUCCCGACAAUGAUGACGACCGAGACGACGAUCUAGACAGCCUUUCCACCGUCACCGCGCCGUUUCCAGAGUACAGCGAGGUCGAGGCCGAGGCCGAGGCCGAGCGGGCAAGGCACAGCGCAUCUUCUAGGCCCACCAGCGUCCGCUCCUUCCAACCUCCUCAGCUUGCCCUCCAACGGCAUCCGCUUCUUCCUCCCUGGGCGAUACCGAUGCCUCACAUAGUCGCCGCCCCCAUGACAAUCCUGCCCCCCAAGUUGCACGUCCCCAACAACAGGAGCAUGCAGCCUGUCUCCGGUCCCUCAGAUGCUAUGCGUGGCAUGGUGGCACCCAAUGUGAGCAACUCAAUCACAGACCAAGGUAGCUCCCCAAUCUAUCCUAACACAACCCAAAGCGAAGCCAACCAAGCAAAUGCACGCUUCUUGAACUACACUCUUUCCUCGACUUCUCCACUUGCUAGUCUCGCAGGCAAUGUUUCUACCACCGCAUAUCACUCUCACUUUCACAGCGGUUCCUCUUCGAGCACCGUGUCGGGCAGUAACAGCAGUAGAGUUUCUUCAACUGUUUCUGCCAUCGUCAACCCUUCACAUGAUGAUCGGGUUCACAUGGGUUCCCAUCUCGCACCGGUCAAUUUUCAUGCCAGCGAGCUUGCACAGGAGAACAGCCACGUUCGAUCAACACGCGAAUUGAUCUCGGAGAGCACGACUUCUUCCUUGAGUGCAAAUGUUGGCCAACUACAUGGAGGACAAUGCAGGUCCUCAUCGUACGUCUUGGGCCCACCUCCUACGUCCUCCGGUUAUGACGGCUACGCAUCUGCCCCCAGUGGUCACCUUGGGGUCGGUUCCCGGACAGGUUUCUAUCACGGGUUAAAUAGUACCAUUUGGAACUCGAGCGCUCCCAACACCUACGGAGGCACUGUCUCAGCGCCCGCCCUUCCUCCAUAUUCUGCUCCGGCUCCUGUCAAUAGCUCCAACUCGCUACUCGUCACAGAGCCCAUUCAAAUGUAUCGUGCCACCACUCAUCCAAUUAUGGCACCUCGCGUUACUCCCGAUACACAGCGCAACGCCCGUAGUAAUGGAUUUUCUCAUGCACAAUUUGGCUACAGUGGCUAUAACAACCCCCACGCUUCAUACGGUCCGCUCGGUUCGCGCCUUAACGCUAAUGCUGCUGAAUUCAAUCAUGAGACAAGCAUAGUCGAGUCCUGGAAUCCUUCUCCUCUAGGUAAGCACGUGUACUUACAUCCUGCUCAGCAGAUCAAUUGGCGCCAGCUACUCGAGCCUGGCGUCACGGCAGACUGGGACUUGAUCGUCGACAAGAUCAUAAGCAACAAUGACCAGCAGGCCUCGAUCUUUCUACAGCAGAAAAUAAAGAAUUCCGAUACAGCCAUAAAAGAUGACAUCAUUGGAAGUAUCAUUCGCCGCGGUCUAGAGUUAAUGGGUAACCGCUUCGGUAAUUUCCUCAUCCAGCGUGUCUUCGAGUGUGCCAAUCAAGCUCAGAUCGUGGGACUUGCCGCUCACAUUGAGGGUCAUACCGUUCGUCUUAGCACCGACGCAUUUGGCUGCCACGUCAUUCAGAAGGCCUUCGACUGCGUUCCGGAAAGCUUCAAACACCAGAUGGUUCGCGAGCUCCUAUCUCGUAUCCGCGAUACCAUCGUCCACCGCUAUGCUUGCCAUGUUUGGCAAAAAUUGUUUGAGCUUCGGUGGCAAGGACCUCCACCGAUGAUUAUGGGUACGGUGAACGCUGCCCUCGUCGGUCAAUGGACUCAAGUCGCAGUGGGUGAAACUGGCAGCCUCGUCGUGCAAAACAUAUUCGAGAACUGCAAUGAUGAGGACAAGCGCCCAUGCAUUGAUGAAGUGUUGGCCAAUCUUGAUUACAUCGCCCGUGGUCAGUAUGGAAACUGGUGUAUUCAGCAUAUCUGCGAGCAUGGCUCUCCACACGAUCGAGAUGUUGCCAUCUCCAUGAUUCUUUCUCGAGCCGCCGAUUACAGCAUGGACCAGUACGCAUCCAAGUGCAUUGAGAAGUGUCUCAAAGUUUGCGGGAGUGAAUUUCUCGACCGAUACCUGCAACAGAUCCUAGUGCGCGCUCCCGGAGAGAACUUCAGUCCACUUGUCCAGAUUGCGCGUGACCAGUAUGGCAACUUUUUGAUACAGUGGAUCUUGAACAACGCCAGUCCCCACCUCCGUGAGAUCGUUCAAGCUGAGAUCCGCAAGCAUUUGGUCUCCCUUCGCGGCAACAAGUAUGGAUCUAAAGUUGCACUUUCAUGCGGCUAUGGUCCUCAAGGUGUACGACCCGGUGUGCCUUUUGCUUCGGCUCAUUUUCGGCACCAUAAUGGAGGACCUCGCAUUUCACAGCAACAGAAUCAUCCCUUUCCAAAUCAUUCAUCGACAUUUCCAAAUCCAUAUCAGGUUGCUCGACUCGAUGGAGCUGCUCGAGCUCGCUCCGGAAUCCGCCCUAUUUAUGUCCAUUUUCCAAGCCGCGCUUAUCCUCCUAACCAAUAUAACAGCGGAGCCGGUUUGUACAACUAA